AAUAGAUUCCGGUGGGCGGAACGUUUAACGCUGACGGCUACAAAACAGACAGUGGGAGUCCGGACUUUUAUCUUCCAAACUCCAAUGCCAGACAAAUGAUCCUGCCAAGUCAGACUGAAACGCUUCUUUAACUAUGAACUCCGAACACCAACUGAAGUUUUAGCAAAAGUGAACCAUGGAAAACUCAGACAGGCCUUUCUACGUGAAGCCCGGAGGAUGGGAGAGGGGAGGACUGUCUGAGAAGGCAGAAAACUGGAGACUCCAGGACCAGGAUAGAGGCCACAACUUCAAACAAGAUGGUCAGCAGAGCAAGAAGAAUCAUGGUGGACCACACUGGGACAGCACCAAGAGUAAAGGGCCCAAGAGCUACUCUCCUGGUGGAUUUAGAGGAGGUCACAGCUCCUCACAGAGAAAUGACAACAGAUGGUUCCCGAGUUCAGAGAAGAGUGGCGGGAGUCGAGAAGAGAACUGGAGGGAACGCUCGCAGCAGCAGCAAAAUCAUUGGAGGAAGAGGAGUAAUAGGGCUGAGGGCGCUCGUGAGGACAGGGAUCAGGGGGAAGGAGAUGACACGGAGAGUGCUCAGAAAGCAGGUAGAAGACGGAGAAACAGAAACAGGACGAAAAACUACAUGGAACAGAACAAAGUUCCAGUGACCGAAGACACGCCACAAACAGCCAAAGACUUGUACAGCCUGAAGCAAGCGGAGAAAAGACUGAAAAAAGAUGAAAUCUACUCAAUGAAAAAGAAAUCUCUGAGUCAUCCUGAUGCACUUUACACCUGCAUGCUGUGUGACGUUCUACUGGAUUCUGUGUCUCAUGCGUACAGACACAUGAGAGACAGGGGCCACAAGAAGAGGGCGAGGGAGAGAGAGGAACAGGCCAUACUCUCUGACAUUUCGCCUCCCAGUCAGGAGCAGAUCACAGCGGUGAGUGCUGCACUGGAAGCUGUUGUCCUGGAGCGAGGAAUGAACAACCAGGAUGUAGAGAAGAGACGGUGUGUGGUCUCCAUCUUGCAAGACCUCCUUCUCACCACCCUGCCAGACAUCACGGUCCGACUCUAUGGCUCUUCGUGCACAAAGUUUGGAUUCAAAGAUUCCGAUGUCAACAUUGACAUUCACUAUCCUCCUCAUAUGCAUCAGCCUGACGUCCUACUGAUGGUGAAGGACAGCCUCUCUGAGUGCACUCUGUUUGUUGAUGUGGAAGCCGACUUUCAUGCCAGGGUGCCUGUUGUCAUCUGCAAAGAGAAGAAGAGUGGGCUGCUGUGUAAAGUGAGUGCAGGGAAUGAAAGUGCUUUCCAAACCACCUCCUAUCUUUCGGCUCUGGUCAGUCAGGAGCCUGUUCUCCUUCCUCUGGUUAUGGGACUCAGAAGUUGGGCCAAGAUCUGUGAAAUUGACCGUCCAGAGGAAGGUGGUCUUCCGCCGUACGUCUUCGCCCUCAUGGUCAUCUUCUUUUUACAGCAGCGCAAAGAGCCUCUCCUGCCUUCCUACCUGAACAGCGAUGUGAAGUUGUUUUCCUUCAGCCGACUGUCAGACUUCAACAUAACACAUGUAGAAAAUGGAUAUUUACACUGGGCUUACACUCCUUCCUCAAGAGAAUCAACACAGCAAGCAGAGGGCGCCAGCAUCAGGGGAAAGGUUCCUCUGGUGUUCUCCCGACCUCAUCCACACGUAGAAGUUGGACAUCUCUGGAUUCAAAUGCUUCGCUUCUACUCCCUGCAGUUCUUCAUGGCUGACAAUGUUAUAAGUGUGCGGACUAACGCUGUCCUCUCCAGGGAGAUGAAAGACUGGCCAAAGAAACGUAUUGCUGUGGAGGAUCCUUUCGCUGUGAAGAGAAACGUGGCCCGCACUGUGAACAGCCAGCAAAUGUUUGAGUACAUCCUGCACUGCUUCAGAACCACGUACAAGUACUUCGCCCUCCCUCUCAACAAAUCAUCUGCGAGUAAGACGGAACCAAAGUGUGGACCCAGUCCAGGGUCAAAGUCUAAAGCCACGGAUGAAGAGCCUGCGCAGGCAUCAGAUUUGGACCGUCUCUCCUUUCACUCGCAACACGCUCCACAUGCAGUCACUGCAGAAUCUCUCCACGAGGACUCUGACUGCAUUAUUGAGGAGGAGGUGGAGCAAUAUAGUCACUCGGAUGAAGAGCGGGAAAAAGAAAAAGUAGACCCGGGCAAAGGCAGCCUCUCGGAGGAGGAGGAGGACGAGGAAGAGGACGCCGAUAUUGACAUGGACGCUCUCGCCAGACAUCACUUGGACAGCCUCACUACGGAGGACGAAGAACUUUUUCUAGUGGAUGAGUUUUCAGGAGAGGAGCUUCUGUCUGACGAGGAGGGUCCAGAUUUGGACACACCAGUUUCGAUGGAUGCCGAAGAAGGGGGGGAGGGGGCAUCGGGUUCCUUCCUGUGCCACUCACCACUAGAAGAAGUCAUCAAAGAAGAAGUGGCCGAAAAUAAAAACCGAGAGAAAAAAUUGUGUUACAGGUUCACGAAGCUUGUGUUCACCAGAGGAAAGUCACACAUGGUGGUUUGCAGCUUGUGCAAACGGGACGGACAUCUGAAAGUAGACUGUCCCGAGGACUUCAAAAAAGUGCAGCUAGAGCCGCUGCCCGCACUGACACCGGAGUUCCUUUGUGUCCUUAAUGACGUCUGUGUGAAGUGCUAUACUGACUUUGCCCCAGACGAACUGGAAGUGAGUGUUAGGGAGCACAUCCUCCAAGACCUGGAGGGCUUCGUCAGACGACAGUUUUCUGGAGCUCGUCUACGACUGUUCGGAUCGUCCAAAAACGGCUUUGGCUUCAGACAGAGUGACCUAGACAUAUGUAUGGUGUUAGAUGGCCAGGAUACAAUGGAUGACAUUGACUGCAUCACCAUUAUUGAAAGUCUGGCCAGACUGCUGAAGAAACAUCCAGAUCUAAAGAACAUCCUCCCCAUCACGACCGCUAAAGUUCCCAUCGUGAAGUUCUAUCAUGUCCGCACUGGUCUGGAGGGAGACAUCAGUCUUUAUAACACACUUGCUCUGCACAACACACACCUGCUGGCUACAUAUGGUGCCUUUGACAACAGAGUGAAAAUUCUCUGUUACGUUAUGAAGGUUUUUGCCAAGGUGUGCGACAUCGGCGACGCUUCACGUGGCAGCCUCUCGUCCUACGCCUACACCCUCAUGGUGCUGUUCUUCCUCCAGCAGAGAAACCCGCCUGUCAUCCCUGUGUUGCAGGAGAUCUACGAUGCGCAGAAGAAACCUGAAGUGUUAGUCGACGGCUGGAAUGUUUACUUCUAUGAUGACCUAAAAACAUUACCCAGUCGAUGGUCAGAGUACGGGGGCAACACUGAAUCGGUGGGGGAACUGUGGCUCGGCCUACUCCGCUUCUACACGGAAGACUUUGACUUCAGGGAGCACGUCAUCUGCAUCCGGCAGCGCGCACGCCUCACCACCUUCAACAAGCAGUGGACAUCCAAAUACAUCGUCAUCGAAGAUCCAUUUGACUUGAACCAUAAUCUGGGUGCUGGUCUGUCCAGAAAAAUGACUAACUUCAUCAUGAAGGCGUUCAUAAAUGGAAGAACAGUGUUCGGUACACCCAUCAAAGUCCUAUCUCCCAUUUACCCGAAUCAAGUGGAAUAUUUCUUUGAUCCUGAAGUUCUCACUGAGGGAGAAGUUGCCCCCAAUGACCGCUGCUGUCGCAUCUGUGGCAAAAUCGGUCACUUCAUGAAAGACUGCCCCAUGCGUAGGAAGCCCAGGCACAGGAGAGACCCAGAGAGAUGGCAGGAGAACCAGAGAGACUAUCUGGAGAAGUCUGAUGAAAAUAAGGAGCAGCCCAGUAACAAGAGUGAGCACUGGAAGAAACGAGAUGCACUGGACAAGCGCUGCUGCUACCUGUGUGGCUCAUCUGCCCACAUCAAAAAAGAAUGUCAGCUGUACAGAAACCCUGCAGGAAAUGUGAAAAUGGAAAGCUUUACCUCCUCCAUCUCUCCUUAUCAGAGGAAUCUAAGAGAGAAGGAGAAACAGGGUUUACCAAUACAAGAUGAGAAAAAAGGAAAGCAACAGAAUAUAGCACUAAGUCCACAAGCAGGUAGUUUGACCGGCACUAACGUUGGCCGCUCCAGUCACAGGAAGAGCCCAGUGGAAUGAGCUGUAGUUGUGACUACACAGACCACCGGCUCCCCCUCUUUUCCAGCCAGAGAGAGGAAUCCCAGAACCCCUCAGAUCUGUGUGGGACACUGGGUCAUUGGAAGCCCUAUGAAAAGCCAAAGCCAGGACGCCUUGACUUUAAGCCAGAAAAAAGGCCUUUUAUGUGUUUCUCACCCCCUUCUUCCACUUCUCUUCAGAGAGGCUUUUUUUUAAGUUUAUUUUUUAACAAAAAUUAGCCAUUACACAUGCAACCCACGUCUUUGUUUACUUACACUGCCAGUGGAGUUUUUAUAUUCACAGCACGUCAAGAAAUGGUGUUUACUAAUCAGGUGUUUAAAAAAAAAGUGUUUAUCAAACAAACUGGAAGAAUAAGGCAAUUUGUUUGAUUUCCCAUCUUGGUCAGGGCUAGAAUAUUUCUGCAGGAAAAAACAAAAAACUUAGCUGCGACGUACAACACCGACUCCUAAUAUUUCACCUGAGUUUAGCUCUAGUUCUGCACCUCAGACCAAGGGAUUGCAGCUCUACUUGAAACUGACCUGAGGUCAGUAAGUUGUCACGUUUGUUGUUAUUUCCCAUUAAACACAGGUUUAGACUGGACACCAGGAUCAUCAUCAUCACCUAUGUUUAUAUUUUUAAUUCUAAGUUUUAAGAAUGUGGGUUCCAAAUGUUUCAACUGACAGCAGAGAGUUGUAACGAAUUUUUUUUUUAAGAAAAGAUAUUUCUUUUACAACCACGUUUAAUUCAAGCAUUUUUUCAGCUUUGAAAGCAGCUUCAGCUUUUGUUUCUGUAACUGUAAAAAAAAAAAAAAAUAACUGAUUUAUUUUUUCUGUAAUAAUUCCACCGCCACCACAAACAGUACACAAACAGUUAGUGGAAGGCCAGUGGAAGGGAAGUACCAUGCCUAUACUUGGUGUACUUUUUUUUUUGGUAAUACUUCCACCGCCUCCACAAACAGUUAGUGGAAGGCCACCUCUAAGUACCAUGCCUAUACUUAGUGUACUUUUUUUUUUUUUUUAAUCAGGUACUGCAGUAAAUAUCACAUCCUGCUGUAACUCCUGUGUUCACAUGUUAAUGGAAAUGUUUUUGUUUUGUUUUUUGCUUCAGCGGUAAUUUGAAUAUAUUUAUUUGCCUCAAAGGUGUUAUUUUGUAGUAAUUGUCAGUAGCUGCACCAAGGGCACACAUACUCCUCUCUUCCUGCUGCUUGUUGAUGUUUUGAAGAAGUACUUUUGUUGUCCACAGUUAAAUAUGGCCUGUGUGGCGUCAUUGUCCUGAUUAAGGCUGAAUUUUAUUACCAAAAAGCCUGUUCUAGCUGGUAAUAAAUGUGCCGUUUACCAUUCAAUAAAAACAAGAAAUCAAA